AUGCAUCCUCUUCUUGAAGGUGAUAGAUUUUCUGACUGUGAAUAUUACAUUCAAGCCUUGAAUGAAUGUCAUAAGGCCGAGUUCGUCAAGAAGGCAUUUGGGCUCUGUAACGUUCCUAAAGAUAACUUAUCGAAAUGUCUUCACGAAACCAGAAUCGCCCAAAGUAUUGCUGAUCUUCAAGAAAGAAGAAACAAACGUAAGGUCACCGAGGAGAAAUGGAAAAAAAUGAAGGAAGAAGAAUACGGGAAGGACAUGAAGUUGAAGAAAGUGAUCGAGGAAGAGAUGAAAAGAAGAGCUCAACAAUAA